CUGGUCCUGGUCCAGAUCCACUGCCACAGGAGCACCGGCACAACACCGAGAGGCUGAUCCGAGAUGUGGCUGCUGUGGGCGGCUAUCGCCGUCUCCGUGGCCGUGGUGCUGCGCUACUGCGCGUGCACACCGCUGCCCUGCGCCAUUGGACAGCAGUGGAAGCUUUUGCUACUGGACGCUCUCCUCAAGACUGCCAUACGCCUGGUGAAAGACAACAGUACAAUAGUUCAGGGAUCGCCACACCACACACGCUCACCGGUGCGCGUGAUGGAACGGCUGGGCUUGGGGCGCCACGUCAAGGCCACGCGAAGGUCUUCCAAGGUGCCGGAGGCCACCGUGAAGAAGUCGACGGCCGAGCCCGGCGCGGGGUUCUUGACGGUCAGCGACGUGGCUUUCGACGGCGUCCCCGUGCGUGUUUACCAGCCUCUGACGGCCAGCGAGGACCGCCUAAGGAGAGGUCUGCUGUACAUCCACGGAGGAGGCUGGGCCUACGGCAGUGCCAAGGACGGCGCGUACGAUCGAGGCAGCUGCAAAAUGUCCAAAGAGCUCAACAUGGUCGUGGUUUCUGUCGAUUAUCGUCUGUAUCCCGAGACCCGCUUCCCGACGCCGUACCUGGAAUGCCUCACGGCCGCCAAGCGCUUCCUGUCCCCGGGGGUGCUGGCCGAGUACGGCGUGGACCCCGAGCGCGUGGCCAUCUCGGGGGACAGCGCGGGGGGCAACCUGGCGGCGGCGCUCGCGCAGGAGAUUGCCAUGGACGACAGCGUGAGGGUGAAGUUCAGCGUCCAAGCUUUGAUCUACCCGGCGCUUCAGGCUUUGGACUUCAACACGCCGUCCUAUCAGCAGAACCGGGACAUGGUCAUCCUCAACCGUCCGCUCAUGGUCCAGUUUUGGCUGCAGUACCUCGGCGGUGACCUCUCCCUUAAGCCGCACCUCCUGGCCAACGAGCACAGCUUCAACGUUGCGCCGGAGUUUAGGGCUGGCCUGGACUGGACCGCCCUCCUCCUUCCCGAGCACCAGAAGGACUACUUUCCCGUACGUGGCGAGGGGCCUCGUGGUAUGGAAAGAAUCCUGGAUGAGGUUCCGGGUCUGCUGGACGUGCGUGCGGCGCCCCUCCUGGCGGGACGCGAGGUUCUGGCCAAGUGCCCGCGGGCCUACGUGAUGACGUGCGAGUACGACGUGCUGCGAGACGACGGGCUGAUGUACGCGCGCCGCUUGAGGGACGCGGGCGUGGAGGUGACGGCCGAGCACCACCGAGACGGAUUCCACGGAUGCUUCACCCUCACCGCGUGGCCCUUCGAGUUCGACGUCGGGGUGAGGGCCUUCGCGGACUACGUCCGAUGGCUGCGCGACAACUUGUAAUGAUUUCAUGCAAAUUCGAUUACGAAUGUGACGAAUAGAGGUGCGACGAUUACGUGGCAAUGUAUCUAUUAUCAAAUCAAUCGAUAACGAUUUGGCAUAAUCCAUUAAUCGUUGAGAGACCUUGUUCAACUUAAAAUUGUCCAAAUCCUCGGAAUUUCCGUCUCUCAUCAGUAAAUAUUAAAUAUGUUUAUGAUAAUAAUAAAGGAGACUGAUUUGCAAACAUUGGUUACUUUGGAAAACAAUGAUCAACAUUGUUCAGCAGCAACGAGGUCAUCUCACUCAAGGUGCCAUUUGUAUACACGUUUAUGCUAACAUGUUCACAAUCCUAAUUUUUUAAUGGCACAGUUUCCGAUUUCAGUCUCCAUAUUGACAAUUCUUUUAGUGUCUUAUCAAUUGCAGUGCAUAAGCAACAUCAAGCUUAGUUCAUGUUUGACAAGCUAUCGGCAAGCUAGUUGUGCAGGUAGAAAUUGGCGUAGCUUACCUGCAUCAUGCGUCUGGAAGUUGUGUGUCGCCGUUCUCUUUCUCCCGAUUUCCUAAACAAAAAUAAAAAUAAAAACAAACAA